AUCAGCAAUUUUGGACUUUCCAGGACUUAUUUGGUAUUUCUUAAUAUUUCAAGGGUAAAUUAGUAAUUUAAUAUUCUCACUCCUCUUCGUUUUAAAGCCUUUGAGAAGACAAGAGAAGCGGGAGAGACGUAGAUAAAACUAAAUCAACAACGCUGAGGGGAAGGAAGGGCUGAUGAAAAAUGGCGGAUUUUGAGACAUAGAACGCACUGCUUCUUCUUUUUCUUCUCUAUACUUGAUUUCUUCUUUUUUCUGACUUAAGAAAUGACGACGGGAAUGGUGCAAGACCAGAAUCUCGAGAAGCAGAUUGAGAAGCAGAUGGGUUGCAUGGCUGGAUUCCUUCAUAUCUUUGAUCGUCAUCAGAUUUUGGCCGGGAAACGCCUCUACUCCACUAAACGCCUCCCUCCCUCGGUAGGGAACUCAACACCACCGCCGCCGGAGAAUUCCGUCUCCUUACCGGAGGCAACGGUGGAAUUGGAAAAACUACAGCAGACUAGAACGAUGCCUUCUCCGGACAGAGUCAAGCAUUUUGCUCCCGUGACGGAGCUUCGAUCUCCAGCGCCGGAACCAGCGACGCCGGUGCAAACGAAGCCGAAACAGACGCUUCCUCUUCCAGUUUUUGAAUACAAGGAAGGGAAUCGGUCUUUAUGGAAAUUCUCGAGAGAAGCUCCACGGCUUUCGUUGGAUAGCAGAGCUAUUGUUGACGGGAAAGGAAGCAUUUAUCCGAGGGAGAUCCGUACAAACGCGUCUAUUCUCUCUGCAAACCGUAGUGAAACCUCCACGGAAGAAGGUGAUGAACAACGGCGCUCUCCGAGUGUUAUUGCUAGAUUAAUGGGGCUGGAACCAUUACCUAACUCCGAACCAGAACUGAUAAAAAACGCCGAGCUUCGAAGAUCGGCUUCCGAAUCCAGAGUUUCUAAAGACUUCUAUCAUAGUCGGUUCAUCGACGGUAACAAUUUCCGACUUAAACAAUCUCAACAUUCGAGCUCGCAGGAUAAUAAUGGAAGCAAUGUACUAUUAAAGAAUGCAGCAAACAUGGACCACAGCUCAAAUGUCAAAAUGCUGGACAGAAACGAUUUUGCUGCAAGAAGUACGAAGGUUGAGCCUAUUAGGUCGCAAAGAGGAUUAGGACCUCGCAAGAUUUUCUUCGAUUCCGGAGACGUUUUUCCAGAGCCAAAGCAACCUGCAUCAAUCUAUGGAGAGAUAGAGAAGAGGUUGAAGAUGAGAGGAAUUGAUGAACCUUCAAAAGAUUUAGAAACGUUAAAACAAAUCCUCGAGGCACUUCAACUCAAGGGUCUUCUUCAUUCCAUGAAAUCUCCUAGCCAGAGGAAACUUGUUUACGACCGUAUUUCUUCACAGGCUGAAUCUCCGAUUGUGGUGAUGAGACCUGCUAGAUCACCAACUUCAGUCAAUCGUUUAGGAAGAAUCAGUAACGAUUCUCCACCUUCGAGUUACAGAGCAAGACAAAUCGGUCGCCGGAAUGUUAAUGUUAUCGGCGACUCCAUGCCGUCCGUAACCACGAGACGCGAUCGUUUGGAGUUCGAUCGGAAUUUACGGAAUCAACCUAGAAAUAGAUUCUCUAGCUCUCCAACUAGAUGCGAGAAUAACGUGAAAAGUCCGAGUAGAAGAGGAUUGUUCGUGGAAACACAGAGAAGAAUUAACGACCCUGUAGAUCAGAGAAGAAAUUCGAAGAUAAAUUCAUCAAAAUUUGGAUCAGAUCCCCAAAUGUCAAACCGAUCCCCAAAAAACAGGAAACCAAUGGGUUCUGUUCAUCAUCCAAAAGAACGGAAGAUUUACAUAUCUCAAGCAGAAGAUGAAUCGUCCACAUUCUCAGAAAGUAGCAUUAGCAACUCUUCACAAACGGAUACAGAGAGGUCCAACAAAAUUGAAGAGUACAAAGAGGGCCGUACUCUAUUAGAGAGGUGUGGUAAGCUUCUUCACAGUAUAGCAGAAAUCACAGCGACUGAGUUACAACCGAGUCCUGUCUCGGUACUUGACUCGUCUUUUUACAAGGAGGAGUCGUCACCAUCACCUGUACUAAAACGGCAAAUAGAUUUCAAAGACCAAGUGGUUGAUGUGGAAGACGAAGGGUGGUUUCAAGCUAUCUCAUUGAUGGAAUCGGGUUUGGCCGAUGGAUCUGACGAUGGUGAUUUUGUCUAUGUUAUGGAUGUUCUCCGAGCCUCACGUUGCUUGCAAGAUGAUGACUCCGAUAUAUUUCUAUUGUUAGAGGAACAACAGUAUUUGAAAGGGAAGGACGUCUCCAAGGUUCCAAGGCUUCAAAGGAGGCUAAUUUUCGACACGAUAACUGAGAUUCUCGACCGAAACAGACAAUUACCACCAUGGAAAUCCAACGCACAGCCAGAAUCCAUGACCGAGCCGACUUCAGUGCAGGAGAUUUGGUCCGAGUUUCAGCGAAUGAGGGACCGAGAAAACAACACAUCAAGGGACUUGUUUGAGGUCAUCUGCAGUGUCUUGAAAAAGGAUCUAACAAGAGAUGCUCCUAGCGGAUGGAGGGACUGGCCAGUUGAAACAUCCCAAGCAGUUUUAGACAUUGAGAGAUUAAUAUUCAAAGACUUGAUUGGCGAAACGAUCCGAGAUCUUGCUGCCAUUACUGGAAAAUGCAACCUCAAUAAUGCCAUUAACAUGAUGCCUAGAAGGAAGCUGGUGUUCUAAAAGACUAAAGGCAAAGGCAAAGUUGCUAAUUCAUUUUUUUGUUAUCAGCGCCGGUGGUUUUCCCCUUCUCUCAUUUAAUUAUUUUUAGGAAAAUGCUAAUGUUAAUCAUGAUCUGUUCAUGGGGGGAGGAAAAAAGAAAAGGCAAAUCUAAGAAUAACCCUUUUUUCUUUUUC